GCGUUCAGUUAUCUGUCGCAGACGGCGAUGGCGAGCAAGCUACCGGUCUGGCGGACAAUAGUGGGCCUCUUUGGAGCUGUCGCAGUUGCUGGUGGCAGCAACUGCACGUCCUUCCGAUUCGACGACUAUCCUGGCGCCGCACUGCUCGGAACCACGCUCUACGAGCAGGGCGCACGCGUGAACAUCACUAACGAGUUUUCCAGCAUUAAUACGGACGGCCUCCCCAGCUUCUGCCGAGUCGAGCUACAGGUUACGACGAACGCCAGCGCGGGCUCCUACGCUAUCACGGAGCUCUGGCUUCCUGAUGCGUGGAAUGGCCGUUUUCUGGGCUUUGGGAAUGGUGGUAUCGGGGGAGGAGUCAAUGUCGCCGACCUUGGCUAUGUAGCAAUCACUCACGGUUUCGCUGGCAUGUCGACGGAUACGGGGCACAACUCUUCUGCCGUGGAUGGUAGCUGGGCCGGACCAGGCAACGACAAUGCCAUAAUCGACUGGUCCUGGCGUGCGAUGCACCUGAGCGUCGAGGUAGGUAAAGCGGUCGUGGAGAGCUACUACGGAAAUUCGGCGGCGAAGUCGUAUUACUUGGGGUGUUCCACCGGCGGCAGACAAGGGCUGAAAGAGAUUCAGCGGUUCCCCGAGAAUUUCGAUGGAGUGGUUCUGGGUUCGCCAGCAAACUGGCUGAGCCACCUUGCGCCAUGGUCCGUUCACCUCGCCCUGGAUGCUCUCCCGGUCGGCUCGCCUCACUCAAUUUCGGACGAUCUCUGGGUCGGUCUCAUUCAUGACGAGGUCCUGCGGCAAUGCGACGGCAUUGAUGGUGUAAGCGACGGGAUCAUCAACGACCCUCGCGUCUGCAACUUUCGACCAGAGACCCUUGCAUGCCGUCCCGGGCAGAACACCGCCACUUGCUUGAACUUGGACCAGAUACAGGCCCUGCACCGUGUCUACUCAGACUACUACGAGACCAAUCAAACCUACAUAUUCGGGCCCUACUAUCCGGGCGGCGAAACGGGAUACAUUGGUGGCAUGGUCGGAACAGCACCUGCGCUCGGGUUAUCGACUGACGUCCUCAAGUACUUUGUGCUCAACGAUACAACUUGGGAUUACACCACUCUCAAUUACGACGUCAUCAAGUUAGCGGAGCAGGUAUUCUCGGGCACUGGGGAUGCUAUCGAUGCUAACCUGACUGCCUUCGCGGGGCCUAGCCACAGCGGAAAAGUAAUACACUAUGUCGGGUGGGCUGACCAAAUAAUUAGCCCGGGAAAUUCCCUGCACUACUAUGAAACUGUUCAUGCCUUUAUGCAAGCCGAAACCGGGAUGGAGAUAGAUGAUUACUACCGUCUCUUCACGGUCCCUGGGAUGCAACAUUGCCAGGGCGGUUACGGUGCCAACGCUUUCGGAGGAUCCGGCCAGGCAGCAGGUGGGAUGCCUCCAACGUCUUACAACCCAGAGAACGACGUGGUAUCGGCCAUCGUAGCGUGGGUGGAGAAUGGGACUGCGCCUGACUCCUUCAUCGCGUCAUAUUAUAACAACAACGAUUUUACGCAAGGUGUUAAUUUCUCGAGGCCGAUAUGCAAGUAUCCCCGGAGCCUUCGAUAUACCGGAGGGGAUGUCGACGCUCCAACGAGUUUCGCCUGUGUGUGAGGGUCGCGCUUUAGUCCGUUCGUGUCUACAGAAACAGCAGUGGUCAGGGCACUGUCGACAGUACGUACUUCCGUAGGGUCCUAAUAGUCAACGCUUCUAGGAUCCUCGGAUGCGAAUAGACUAAGAUAUUCAUCAUGCUAUAGUACUCAAACAGAGGUACGUUGUCAAAUAAUUA